UGUAUCUUAUCAAAUUUCAAUACUUAAUUCGUCAGCUGUCAUUAUUUAAUUAUUUUUGUUUUUCUCGACUGUAUAUUUUCACCAGCUUGUUCACACAUCACUUCAAUACAAGAUGCCUAUGAUAAAGCUGCAGAGUUCUGAUGGAGAAGUGUUUCAAGUCGACUUUGAGAUCGCCAAAGCUUCGAUGACCAUCAAAACUAUGGUGGAACACUUGGGCUUGGAAGAGGAAGAUGAGGAGAUCGUCCCGUUGCCCAAUGUGAACGCUGGUAUAUUAAAGAAAGUCAUCCAGUGGGCAACCUACCACAAGGACGACCCACCACCGGCCGAAGACGACGAAGGACUUGAAAAGCGCACCGAUGAUAUAUGCAGUUGGGACAUGGAUUUCUUGAAGGUGGAUCAGGGUACGCUGUUUGAACUCAUAUUGGCCGCCAACUAUUUGGAUAUCAAAGGCUUGUUAGAUGUAACUUCCAAGACAGUCGCUAAUAUGAUCAAGGGUAAGACACCUGAUGAAAUAAGGAAAAACUUCAACAUCAAAAAUGAUUUCACGGCUGCAGAGCAAGGAAACGUACGUAAAGAGAAUGAAUGGUGUGAGGAAAAGUAAUUUAUUUUUAUCUACGUAUGUAUUUUUUUUUGCUCACAGCAUAUAUUUAAUUUUUCAUUCAAUAAUAAACCUUUAUUUUAUAUUUUUUUACUUUUUGUAAUAGGAAUUUUAUUUUAAUUUAUAUAUUAAUAUAAGGAAAAUUUGGAUUUAAACAUUUGUUGUACAUUUUACCUGCUUAAUUGUA